AUGGCUAUCGAUUGUGUUUCCGGAAAGCUGGUUUCCCCUCCAUCUGGUUGUGCAUAUGCUGCACUUAGCUAUGUUUGGGGCGCAGUAUCAGAUGCAGAGCAAGUCGACCGUGAUGCAUUAAUUUGCAACUCCGAAACGAAUCAAGGUUAUCUUGCUCUGGAUGAACGAGCUCCCAGAGUUGUCCGGGAUGCGAUCACUGUCACGAAAGAACUUGGACUAAAGUACAUUUGGAUUGAUAAGUACUGUAUCAAUCAGAAGGAUUUGGAUGUGAAAUUGGAACAGAUUGGGAAAAUGGAUCUGAUCUAUAGCAGUGCUGAGUUCACAAUAAUUGCAGCGGCUGGGAGCGAUGAAAACCAUGGACUGCCUGGAGUAAACAACCAUGUCAGGGAGGGCCUAUAUAGAGGAGAUCUGAGGGGCUUACAGCGUGUAAUAUCGCAAGCUCAACUAUACGAUACUAUCAAAGAAUCCAAAUGGUGGAGUAGGGGGUGGACAUAUCAGGAAGCGACGCUCUCUCGUCGGCGUAUUCUAUUCACAGAAACAGAGUUGUACUUUGAAUGUUGUGGAAUGCACUGCCGGGAAGCUCUUUUUUCAUCACUAGAGUUGCUGCACCGUAAAGAUAUGAAGAGUUUCAUGUCUUGGAAUCGACCUGGCUUCUUUGCUGGUGCAGGUGGAGUCUCGACGGAUUGGUCGAAGGGGCUUAACGCAACCGGACCAUUUUCACGACAGCUCAGUCACGAUUCGGAUUCCCUUUUGGCGCUACUGGGGAUACUGCGAACAUUCGAGUCUGCGGUCCCGCCAAUUUAUCACAUCUCAGGCUUGCCAGUUGUCUGCGGAGCUGCUGGUGUUUCAACGAGAAGCUUCAUAAGCGCGCUUGGAUGGAGUCAUUACAAUGACUACAAUUUCAGGAGCCCAAAGAGAAGAUCCGCAUUUCCUUCCCGGUCUUGGAUUGGUUGGGAAGCCACGGCUACGUUCUUGAAAGACGACUCGUCUUUUACCACGUUUGAGGUAGAGGUGUGGAUAUUGGACAGAAGCAAAAGGUUCAUCGCACUAGAACCCUUUGACCAAAUCAAUAUGCCAUCACAAGUCCUCUCUUCUGGGAUUUCCAAGGUCAUCCGUUUGAGUGCAUGGGUCGUUGGACCGACCAUAUGGCUUGACUGGAAAAGACGUCCAGUUCGAAGCAUUUGUAGAGCAUCGCAAAGUGGAUUGAUCGUAGGUUUUUGUGUGUGUCUCGAUUAUAUCUCAGAUCCUACUGAUUGCUGGGUUAAUGUUUCUCAAGAAAUUCAAAAGAUAGACAACGUAUUUGGGAAAUUGCUAGAUGGCAGAUACAGCUGUAUCAUCCUGGGAAGCGGCCUUUCGUCAGUAAACAUGCUGGUAGUAGAAUGGCAGCCAAGCAGAGAAUUUGUAACGAGAGUGGGCACGAUUUCAAUGCGUGGGACAAACAUUGCCGACAUUCAGAGAUGGAAAUUGGAAAGGCAGUCUAUUGAGCUACAUUAA